AUGUCAGACGCUAAUCGAUUAUUAAGGAUUUAGCUUGCACCUUUCAUAAUACCCCAGGAAUUCCUUCCUCCUCAAACUUCACACGCGACCGCCACCAAACACUCAACCUACACAGCAUUUCAGCAGCCAGCAACAUAGCACCCUAACUAAACCGUUUCACGGCCGCGAGGCUGUAGGGAGCUACGAAACUCUGGCGUCCCUCCGCCGCGAUGCCGGACAGCACCUCCUAUUCCCCUCGUCGCGCUCAUCCCACCACCGCCGCGAACAACAGCCAUUGACCAGCGCCGAAGGGCAAUCAGACCCUGCACCCACAUUCUUCAAGCGACUAGGGGGAGUCAAUGCUCCCUUCCCAUACCCAUUAUCACUCAUGAACGGGCUGGCGAGCGCCAGGGGCAGUAACAAGACCAUCCUCAACCAUAUCAACAGUACCAGUGCCAAGAACAAUGACAAUGACAACGACGACGACGACGACGCUUCCUCACCUACCUCGACCAUCGUCCCUCCCUCGCCAUCCCUCUCCCGCCGCUCCUCUUUCAUCCUCCCCGACUCCAACAAAUCACCCACGCCCAACACGGACGACGCCGAUGAAACAGACGAUGACGAUGCCUCGCGCCCCUCCAAUCUCCAUCCCCGCGUCGCCGUGAUCCUCGGCGUCGACCGCAAAUGGUAUUUACCACUGGUCAUCUGCCGGGCUCUGGCCGUCGUGCCGGCGCUGUGGUGGGGACUGCGCUGUGCGUUUACCUUCCUGGCCGAGUUGCUGCGUAUCCGACCAGGGAUGUGGCGCGAGGGCUGGGUAGCUAUUAUCGUGGGCGGCGCGGCGGCGGACUGGGAUGUUGAGAGGCGGUUUCGUGUGACGGAGGUUGCGCUGGCGAUUAUGUGGUGCUGCGCAUCGGCGUAUCUUUCGUACUUUUUCAUGGACUGCAUGAUGUCUCGUUGGCUGUUAAACUACAGUCCUCCGGCCGUCCUCAUCCGUCUGCUCGCAACAAACGGGCUCUUCGCGUAUCUCACAUCCUCAGUACUCUGGCUGUCUGGCGCUUCAUCUGACCCUCGCCUUCUGCUACCAGCAUGGGUCUCCAUAACAACGACACUGACCUUCCUCUACCACGCCACCCAAAAUCACGCAAUGAUAAAACGCGAAACCACGGCGUCGCUGUCUGUCCUGUCUGUGGCGAGUUAUAUUAGUAUGUCACUGUUGUUGCUGCAAAUGCAUCUGACGCGCGAUAACGAGCCGGAGGUGCCUGCGUUCGUGAUGGGACAGAGGAUUCUCGACUGGAUUACAACGGCGACGGCCAGGGCAGGAGGGACUGAGUUGUAGAUAGUGAUUCUCGUUGUUUAGCGUUUGUUAUUUUUUUGGUCGUGACGAAGCAGGGCUUCGGAUAUUUCUACUUUUACUUGUCCUAAAAUGGUAGUAAACUACUGUUCGAAAAUAGAU